AUGCCCCCACUGACCGCGAGACCCUCGGCCCACCCUCUGCACCCCCAUUCCCCUGUGAGUCCCCAGGGGAUCCCGGGGGGCCGUGGGGGUGUCCCCAGAGCCGGGGGCGUCCCUGAGCCGCCGUGUCCCCCCCGCAGGGUCCCCAAGGCGCGGGAGGGGGGGUCCCUGCGGCGCCCGCUGCGGGUGGGCUUCCUGACGCUGCCGGCGCCGCAGGAGCGCGGCCCCCGGCCCUGCGCCCCCGAGCUGCCCGGGGGUCCCCGCCUGGGCCGCUCCGCCUCCACCUCGGGGGUCCGCCAGGCCGGGGCCCCCCCGUUGCCGCGGGGCCCCCCCUCGUCGCGGCCGCUGUCCGGGGGGCUGCCCGGCCCGGGGGGCUUGGGGGGCUUCCCCGCCGCCCCCCGGCCGCGGGACGGGCAGCUGCAGGAGGUGAUCGAGCGCAAGCGCUGCGUCUGCACCGAGAUCAAGGCGCGGGGGGGGCGGGGGGGACUAGCUUUCGGCGGCGGCGGCACCGGGCCCGGCGGAGGCCCCGGGGCCCGCAGGGGCAGCGCGGGCCGGGACGCGGAGGCCGAGGUUUGGUGCCGGCGGGUGCGGGAGCUGGUGAGCGCCGUUCCCGCCAACCGGCUCUGCUUCGAGUGCGGCCAGCGCGGCGUCACCUACGUGGACAUCAGCGUGGGCAGCCUCGUGUGCACCGGCUGCUCGGGGGCGCUGCGGGGGCUGAACCCCCCCCACCGCGUCAAGUCCAUCUCCAUGACGACGUUCAGCGAGGCCGAGGUGCUGUUCCUGCAGGCGCGCGGCAAUGAGGCCUGCAGGAGGGUCUGGCUCGGCACCUUGGACCCCCGGGCGUCGCUGCUGCCCGACUGCCGCGACCCCCAGAGGCUGAAGGAGUUCCUGCAGGAGAAAUACGAGAGGAAGCGAUGGUACGUGGCACCACAGCCGGCCAAAGAGCAGGUGAAGCCCCCCCAGAGCGCCGCAGCAGAGCCGGGGCCCCCCCAGCCCCUCCACGGGGACACCGGGGCGCUGCCGCAGGGCCAUGCCCAGCCCGGCAAGGCCAGCACCGACCUGCUGGCUGACAUCGGGGGGGACCCCUUCGCCGCCCUCCCUGCCCCGUCUGCCUUCCCCAGUUUGGACGCCUUCGGCAGCAGCGCUGGAGCACCCCCGUUUGGGGGGGCUGUGCCCCCCUUCCACGUCCCCCCCACCACCGCAGGAGGCGUGGCUGCACAGGGCGUGGCCACGCCUGUCCCGCCCACAGGGGGAGGAGCUUCUGCCAGCCUCUUCGGGACCCUCCGUGACCCCCCAGCGCUGCCCCACGGGGGAUACACCAACCCCUUCACGGCCCCCGUGGCCCCCAGACCCUCCACCAACCCCUUCGAGAGCAGCGGCCCCGGUGCUGCCUUCACCUCGCCCCCCAUUCCUGGGGGCUUCCCCAGCCCCUUCCAGGCCGAUGGUUUGCCUUUCGGCGGCUUCGGCGUUGCCAAAGCUUCCACCAACCCCUUCGUGACGGUCCCGGCCCCGACGGCGCCGUUGGGCACCAGGCACCGGGCCACCAACCCGUUCCUAUGACCGCCGCUGCUCUGGGGGGCCCCGGCAGCGCCCACCCCUCCGCCGGGACCAGGUUUUGGGUUUGUUCCGGGAGAUUUAUCGCGGUGUUUAAUACGUGACCGGUAGAAACGGCGCUGAUCCCGCUGCGUGCCUCGCGCUGCCCCG